UUUUUUUUGGUCUUACAAAGUUUGAGUCAUGCCAACCCCCUUCGUAGGGCUUGAUGCUUAAGGUUAAGUAAAGUUGUUUUUGUAUCAAAUGCUGAUUUAAUGCAGAGAAGUCAUUGUUUUUGGAUCAACGGGCUUUCUGGGAAGAUUUGAUGUUAAAAAAUGUUCGCUUUAGCAUCAUUUUCAAUUUUUGAUAAAUGCUGGUUAGGAAUCAGCAACUUGCAAUGCUUGUUCUGUUUUUGAGGUACUUGAAGGACGAGACAUUGGUUUAAAGGUUGAUAUUCGUCUGUUUUAUAAAAUUUCCCCUUUGUGUCAUGCGCGGUGUUCGUUUAUGAUUCCUUAGACAUCAAUUCUCGGAGCUAACCUGGAAGCAGGUAGAUUUUGAGUUUGUUUAGCGUAAUAUAUUAUUUGUGUGAGCUGAAUAUAAUAGCAUUUAUGACAUCGGAUUUUCUGAAAGUUUUCUUCUGUUCUAAAUUCUUUCAUUUCAUAUAGUCCACUGUAUUUCUUUGUUAACUAAAUUUUCGAUCUAGUACGUUGCUUUGUCUAAGCUACAAUGUGUAAUUAGCUUCUGUGGAAUUGCAACUAACGACUAUUCUGUUGUUCAAAUUAUAAACAAUAUUUGGUUGAAAGUAUGAAAUAAUUCUAAGAAAUUUUCCUUGUGUGGGAUUGGGCUAUUACCCUUUGUAUUUUAUCGGUGUUUUCUGUUGUAAAAUACUUAAAUCAUUUUGAUGUCUUACCCCUAGUUGUAUGUAUGAAAACACUAGAUUUUCUAAUUUAGUAAGUGAUGUAUAUCUUUCCUCUACCAUUUGGAUUUCUCAAUUGCAGGAAAGGAGGAUAGUUGUUGUGAUGGCCAUGUGCCCCUUCUAUUGCUCCACUCCUAAGGUCUUUCCUUCUAACUCCUAUGGCGGGAGAAACUUCUUGGAUCAGCCACUAUGAUGAAAGACUAAAGGAGACUGGGAAGUUUGAUUCUUUUUUAGAACUUGGUGAAGAAGUUGAAAAAGAAGCUACUGCUGUUUCUGUGGAUGUAAUUUUGCCUGAUGACUUGUUGGAACGAAUCCUAGCCUAUCUCCCCAUUGCAAGCAUUUUUAGAGCUGGUUGUGUGUGUAAGAGGUGGCAUGAAAUUGUUAAUUCAGAGAGAUUUUUAUGGAACCUUUCACACGUUCUACCACAGAAACCUUGGUACUUCAUGUUUACAACCUCCAAUGAACCAAUCGGUUAUGCUUUUGACCCUGUCCUUCGGAAAUGGUAUGGCAUUGAACUUCCAUGCAUUGGCACUUCUAAUUGGUUCAUUGCUUCAUCAUGUGGCCUGGUUUGCUUCAUGGACAAUGACAGUAGAAGUGAAUUAUGCAUCUGUAACCCAAUUACCAAAAGCUACAGGAAGCUUGAGGAGCCUCCAGGCUUGAAAUUUUCUGAUUACAGUGCAUUAGCCAUCUCAGUGAACAGGGAAUCUCACAGCUAUACUGUGGCAAUUGCAAAAUCUAAGCAAGUCCCUGAUAACUUUUUCCAGUGGGAUAUCUCAAUUCAUUUAUACGAUUCAGAAAAAGCAACCUGGGUGACACCUCUAAGAGAAGUUUUGAUGGGGUGGAGAGGUGGUGAUGAGAGUGUGAUUAGUAAUGGGGUGCUAUACUUUUUAGUUUAUUCAACUGGGGGUGGCUCACCUGAAAAUCGCCAUUCCCUGAUUGCAUAUAACAUGUCCAACCGCUCUUCUCAAAGUAGCUUGACUAGGAGCUUUAUUCCAGUACCUUGUUCUCUAACAUGUGGCCGUUUGAUGAAUCUGAAAGAGAAGCUUGUAAUGGUGGGAGGAAUUGGUAAACCAGAUCGACCUGACAUAAUAAAAGGAAUUGGUAUCUGGGUUCUAAAUGAUAGGAGAUGGGAAGAGAUUGCUCGAAUGCCCCACAAAUUUUUCCAGGGCUUUGGAGAGUUUGAUGAUGUUUUUGCUAGCAGUGGUGCAGAUGAUCUGAUAUAUAUUCAAAGUUAUGGAGCUCCAGCACUUCUCAUAUUUGACAUGAACCAUAAACAAUGGAAAUGGUCGCAGAAGUGCCCUGUGAACAAAAGAUUCCCGCUGCAACUUUUUACUGGCUUUUGCUUUGAGCCCAGACUUGAAAUUGCUCCCUAGUUCUCCUCACAAUCGACAGCUGCUACUGAGGAUUGUGUCUAAGGUUUCUGCCCAGUUUCCUCCAUUUUCUUUAAGUAAAAAUCUAAUAUGAUUUCGGUGUUCUCACAGUUCAUACAAAAUGUUCUUGCUGAUAAAACUGCUUAUUCAUGGAUACUGGAAUAUCAUUAAUAGCAUUUGAAAAUACCACAGCUAUAUUUUUCUUUUACCUUUUUUUUCUCUAUUUAUGAAUUGCUCUAAUAAUCAUGACUACCUUCUCUAUUAAGUUAGCAUGAAAUGUGUAAUUUAAGUACAUGUAUGAUCCAUGUGUUACUGGACGGUUGCUCGU